UGUCGCCAUGGUGACGGGGUUGUUCCCGGGGAGGCUGUGAUCGGUUGACAGGUGUGUGACAGUCGGAGCUUUUUGCAAGCAUGUACGCCAAAGGCAAGAGUAACAGCGUGCCGUCCGACAGCCAGGCCCGGGAAAAGUUAGCGCUUUAUGUAUAUGAAUAUCUGCUGCACGUAGGAGCACAGAAAUCUGCUCAAACAUUUUUGUCAGAGAUAAGAUGGGAAAAAAACAUCACUUUGGGGGAGCCCCCUGGAUUUCUCCACUCUUGGUGGUGCGUGUUUUGGGAUCUGUACUGUGCGGCACCUGAAAGACGCGAAACCUGUGAACAUUCAAGUGAAGCAAAAGCUUUUCAUGAUUACAGCGCUGCAGCUGCCCCCAGUCCUGUUCUAGGAAACAUUCCUCCAGGGGAUGGAAUGCCAGUGGGUCCUGUCCCUCCAGGCUUCUUCCAGCCUUUCAUGUCACCGCGGUAUCCAGGUGGUGCAAGGCCCCAUUUAAGAAUACCCAACCAGGGACUUGGCGGUGUUCCUGGAAGCCAGACAUUACUUCCCAGUGGCAUGGACCCAUCACGACAACAAGGAUCAGAUGUUAUGCUAGCAAAGCUCCUAAAAGGGCAUCCAAAUAUGGGAGGGCCAAUGCAGAGAAUGAGCGGCCCGCGGGGAAUGGUUCCUUUAGGUCCACAGAGUUAUGGAGGAGGAAUGAGACCGCCACUCAAUGCACUAGGUGGUCCUGGGAUGCCAGGAAUGAACAUGGGUCCCGGAGGGGGUAGACCAUGGCCUAAUCCAGGCAAUGCAAAUUCAAUACCCUACUCAUCUGCGUCUCCUGGGAAUUAUGUAGGUCCUCCUGGUGGUGGUGGUCCCCCGGGAACUCCAAUCAUGCCAAGUCCAGCAGAUUCCACAAAUUCUGGAGACAAUAUGUAUACAUUAAUGAAUGCAGUACCUCCUGGCGCCAACAGACCUAAUUUCCCUAUGGGUCCUGGCUCAGAUGGCCCAAUGAGUGGAUUAGGUGGAAUGGAACCGCACCAUAUAAAUGGUUCAUUAGGCUCAGGGGACAUGGACAGCAUUUCCAAGAAUUCUCCGAAUAAUAUGAGUCUGAGUAACCAGCCAGGCACACCAAGGGAUGACGGAGAAAUGGGGGGAAAUUUCUUAAACCCUUUUCAGAAUGAGAGUUAUUCUCCUAGCAUGACAAUGAGUGUGUGAUUCAUCAUCUAGUCUCGUCAUGAAGACUGCAGUGAGUCAGCCCUCUUCACAGAUCUACCACGGAAGAGAAGCAUCCAUCACGUACAGUUUAACUAAAGGAUCCCACUGCACAAACCUUUUCAUUUAUGUUGCCAUGCACCCUAUUUUGUGAAGAAGCGGGUCCAAUCCUAAACAUCUGUAAAGAGCGGCAUAUGUAAGAAUUGCCCUGAACCGAACUGCAAUUUAUCAUCUGUACAUAUAUAUAUAUAAAUAUAUAUAAAUAUAUAUAUAUUCCCACAGGACAUUGUAAAAGGAUAUUAUCACAUGUCAUCUUAAGUAGCAAGACAUAGAGACUUUUAUUCCAUCUUUUUGUUUUUUGUUUUUUUGUUGGGGUUUUUUUUUUUUUUUUUCACGUUUACAUUUUAAUUUAAAAAAAAAAAACGAAAAAAAAACAAGGUUGCAUUUUCUCCCUGAACUAUUUUGUGCUGUGUAUAUCACUGCUUAAUAAGUUAUUUUUUAAGGUAAACUCAAAUGUCGUUCUGGUUUUGUAAAUGUCUGCAAUCAUGGAUAGGAAUAAAAUGCUUAUGAGUGCUUUUAUUAAAUUGCUUUUGAUACAAGUUA